AUGGCGUCUGUUGCCAUCUCCGCUGCUUGUGCGGCCUCGGUGCCGGUGUCGCCGGUGUCAUCGGUAGAUGACUCUUCUGACACUUUGCCGAUUGUGCACUCUCAUGGAAAUACUCACGGACAUGGCCACUCUCAUAAGCCCUCUCCGGUGGCCUCUCCGGAGGUUUUCCUUGAGACGGCUCCCAUUGCUUACGCCACGGUGUAUGAGACUGAUAUCGCUACGGUAUAUGAGACUGACUACAUUACGGUGUAUCCGUCUACCGUCUCGCCAAUGGCUGAAUCGACUUCUGAAUCAUCUUCUACUUCCUCCACGUAUGAGACUCACUACACUUCGGUGGUUCAGUCUACCGUCUCACCAGCGGCUGAAUCGACCGUCUCACCAGCGGCUGAAUCGACCGUCUCACCAGUGGCCGAAUCCACCUUCUCAUCUGUGGCUGAAUCGACCGUCUCUACGGUGGCUUCCUCUACCUCUGAAUCAUCUUCUGUUUUCACCAUGGCGCCUUCUUCUACUUUCUCCACGGUGUAUCUCUCUACGACCUCAACCUCCACCUCAUCUUCCACCUCAUCUUCCACCUCCGAAGAGGCUACCUCUUCCUCCACGGCAUCUUCUACAAUUGCCUCUUCCUCUACCGCAUCUUCUGCGGCAUCUUCUGCGACCGCUUCAUCUACGGCAUCCCCAUCCACAUCUAUCCUGCUGCCGCUUUAUAUCUGGCCCACCGAUAACACUACCUGGGGCCCCGUCUACGAAGCUGCCGCUGGAAACCCCGAUAUCGAGUUCAAGGUCAUCGUCAACCCCGACAGCGGCCCAGGAGAUACCACCUACCCAGAAUCGGCAUACAUUACGGCCAUUGCGCAAUUGAACAGCUACGACAACGUCGUGGUCCUCGGAUAUAUCCCCACUGAAUAUGGCACCCGCUCUGCUUCGGAUGUCGAGAGCGACAUCUCCACCUACAGCGGCUGGUCAGCAUACACAGAGAAGAACAUCGCCGUUACCGGCAUUUUCUUCGAUGAAGCACCAAGAACCGACGAUACUUCCUUGAUUUCGUACAUGACCGAAGUCGCGGACAAUGCCAGAUCCCAAGAUCUGGACUUCAUUGUCUUCAACCCUGGUACCAAGCUGGAGGAGGGCGCAGUGAAUGGAUACUUUGAUGCUGCUGAUUUGAUUGUCGAAUUUGAGAACUCCUAUGAUGCUUGGAUCGACGCUGUACCUGCUGACGAGUUUUCCUCUACGGAAGACUAUUCCAAGGAUGCCGUUCUCUUGUACAGUGCGCCUACUACUGCAAACUAUGAGACUGUUAUCAAGGAAGCGAAGGAUAUGGGUCUUGGCGCUGCGUACCUGACCAACACUGAUGACUAUAAGUCCGCUGAUACCGUUCUUAAGGUCACGGCUGCUCUUGUUCAAGCAUCCACUUAG